AUGGAUGGCCAGAUAUUUGAAGCUUCUCAUUGGUCAGAAACUGGGACACCUGUGGAGACCCUGCGGACAGCUAGGACACCUGUGGAGACCCUGUGGACAGCUAGGACACCUGUGGAGACCCUGUGGACAGCUAGGACACCUGUGGAGACCCUGCGGACAGCUGGGACACCUGUGGAGACCCUGCGGACAGCUGGGACACCUGUGGAGACCCUGCGGACAGCUGGGACACCUGUGGAGACCCUGUGGACAGCUAGGACACCUGUGGAGACCCUGCGGACAGCUGGGACACCUGUGGAGACCCUGCGGACAGCUGGGACACCUGUGGAGACCCUGCGGACAGCUGGGACACCUGUGGAGACCCUGCGGACAGCUGGGACACUGGUGGAGACCCUGCGGACAGCUGGGACACCUGUGGAGACCCUGCGGACAGCUGGGACACCUGUGGAGACCCUGCGGACAGCUGGGACACCUGUUAAGACCCUGUGGACAGCUGGGACACCUGUUAAGACCCUGUGGACAGCUGGGACACCUGUUAAGACCCUGUGCACAGCUGGGACACCUGUUAAGACCCUGUGCACAGCUGGGACACCUGUUAAGACCCUGUGCACAGCUGGGACACCUGUUAAGACCCUGUGCACAGCUGGGACACCUGUUAAGACCCUGUGGACAGCUGGGACACCUGUUAAGACCCUGUGCACAGCUGGGACACCUGUUAAGACCCUGUGCACAGCUGGGACACCUGUUAAGACCCUGUGCACAGCUGGGACACCUGUUAAGACCCUGUGCACAGCUGGGACACCUGUUAAGACCCUGUGCACAGCUGGGACACCUGUUAAGACCCUGUGCACAGCUGGGACACUUGCCUAG